ACAUCGUCCUUUUAUUUCGAAAAUAUACCCCUCAGUCUAAAAGCCCUUUGCAAAACCCUCGAAGAAUAUUCCGGCAAAUAUGCCGGGAAUGACGUCAGAUGCCGGGGAAUUCGGCUCCCUCUCCGUCGUUCCCCAUUCACUGGACGCGCAAGCUGCAAGAGUUUACCCUCUGCGGACGCACCGCGCCACUCCCCCGUUCGCACGCCUCUCCAUCUCAUGGGCGCGUGGCAAUACGCUCCGCGUUACGCUCCUGCAGUCCGAUGAUGCAGUAUCGGAGCAGAGUGUAGGCGGAGAAGUGGUGGAAGUAAAACUCGCCGAAGCGGAUGGAGGAGAAAUCUCCGACGCGCGGUGGCGGAGGAUUGCGUACGGCUCAGUUGCCCCUUUUGCUCUUCUUCAAAGCCGAAAGAGUUCGAUCGACUCGUUUCACUAUGAAAAAGAUUGGUGGGAACAUGUAAUGGACUACAGCAAGGAAAUAAGUUCCCUUCUGGGUAAUUCAAAGUCAUCUGCUACUCCAAUGAUCGAAGAUCCGAAAACGGUAUUGAGGGCAGUUGAGGAGCCAACAUCUGUGAAAGCUGCCUGGGAGCUGCUGGAAAUGUUUUACGCAGAUAAGCAAUCUCAGACAUGGAUCCCUGAACGCCUUCUUGAUUGGUUAGCUGAUUUUGAUUGUCUGUUCUCUGGAACUCAGCCAACAGUCCAUUCGAAACUUGUCGCUUUCCAAAAAGAACUUGUCACUAUACAGGCAGUUGAGAAUCAUCCUGAGUAUUGGGAAGUUAUAUCAUCAGCUUUAGCAAUUGGCUGGCUUGAUGUUGUUGUAAAAUUGCUGCGCUUGCAUGGAUCUUAUAUGUACGACCAGCUAGGAAGUCGUGAGAUAGAGAAUGGACUUGUAGAAGCAGUUGCUCUUCUUAUAUCACAGAUGCCACGUCUAAGGCCAGAUCUACCAACAGAAAAGUUAGGAGAAUGCUACAACACCAAACCCGAGUUUAUGAAGGCAUGGGAGAAAUGGAGAGGUCAAAUUACUAAAUUGGAUUGUAGUGCAUUCUGGCUUCAAUGUGAUCACCAGCAGACGAGAGUUGGACUGAAAAAUAUGCUUCAAAUCAUGUUGGGAAAUGCUAGCCUUCUCUCCAAUGUAACAUGCCACUGGAUGGAGCUUUACAUAUCCCACUUUUUGUACAUCAGGCCUUUCACUGUGGGUUUAGAAAGCAUGUAUAGCCUAGCUGAGAAAUGCAUGCAUUUAAAACCAAUUUCCAAUCGCCAUAAGUUGAUGGGACUCGCACUUGGGAUUCUAGAAGAAAAUACAGAGGUAGUUCUAGCUGAAUGCUCAAGAUCAUUUGGCCCCUGGAUGAUAACCCAUGCUCUAGAGCUGCUGACAGCUGGGAGCGCUCAAGCAGAAAAUCUGUUGCAUGAAGAGCAGUCUAAACUGGGAGGAAUCUGCAUAGAAGAGCUCCACCGACUGACUUAUGCCCAAAUUCUAUCCUCUCAUGCCUUGACAUGGAAUAUUGCUCCUAUAUAUCUGACAUCAUGUAUGAAGCAAGGAAUGGGCUUGUUGGAGAAUUUACUGUACAAUCAGCCCGUACAGCAUCAUCAAGUGUUACUAAAGAGCAUAGAAAUUUGCCGUCUCAAUGGACUUGAUCGUGUUAGUGAUGAUAUAAUGAAGAUUGCUGGAGUUCAUUACUGGAAACAUGGCAAGAAGGGUUCAGCUGUGUUCUGGCUUCAACAAGCUCAAGAUGACGUUCGCCUAAACCGAAUUGCCAAGCAUUUAUUUGAUUUUGUUGGAAAAUCAGUUUCUGAUGAAAGUUUCAAGCAAUGGGAAGGAAUGAUUGAAUUGCUGGGGACCGAAUCAAAAACUGCUGGAGGUCUCGAGUUCUUGAAGAAGUACAGGGAUUUCAGAAGAUCCCUCCAACAAGUUCAGGACGGAAUUACAACUGAUAAUGCUCGGAAAGCGGCAGAAGCCCUUAUAUCUCUCAUGAGAAACCCUUCUACACCACAACAAUUUUGGCUACCCCUCUUAUACGACUCGCUGAAAUUGCUGAAUUGGAAGGAAAGUCCGUUGCUCAACGUUUCCGAGACCAAUAUUUUAUUGAAUAAACUGCAAGAGCUAUCAUUAGCAAAACUACUUCCGGGAUUCGUUGCUUCUGAUUUGCCAUCCGAUGCCUUGAAAUCAGUGAGGUUAGCUCUUGCCACUAAUCUCGGACGUGCUUUUCUCCUAGACUAAUUUCCUGACAGCAGCCUGUUGUUUUUGGUACCUUAAAAUCUAUAUUAAUAUUAAUUAGUCCAUAUAAUUGCCAUUCUAUUUAAACCCUGGUUUCUUUUUUAUAAUGAAUUAGCAAAAAAAGAAAAUGAUUAGUUGAAAGAAUAUUCUCUCUUUGAACGACUUCAUUAAACAUGGGCCGAUCAUGGAGUUUUGGGCCCUAUUCAUUAUAUAAUAUCAAUUAGGGCUUUUCAUU